CCCGCCCCCUGCCCGCCAAGGCCAGCGGGUCGGCUGACAGCGGAGUGUUCGGUCUUGCCGCGACUCUCUCCCCGGAGCUGUGAUGUUUGAGGUGGCACAGCGGCUGCUGGCCGAGGCCGGGCAGCCGGAGGUCUUGAGGUUCUGGCCGCAGCUGUCGGAUGCCGAGCGCAGGGCGCUGGUGGUCUCGCUGGAACAGCAGGAACCGGCCGAGCUGCGGGCUCACUGCGAGGCGGCCGUCCGGCCCCGGCCCGCCGGCCAAGCGCCACUGCCCGGUCUGAUGGAGCCGCUGCCCGAGGACGUGGUGGGCGGCGUGUGCCGGACGGACGCCGAGACCCUGCGGAGGUGGCGGGAUCGCGGUUUUCAGGAGAUCGCCAAAGGCCACGUGGCUGUGCUGCUGUUGGCUGGUGGGCAAGGUACCCGGUUAGGUGUCCCGUAUCCAAAGGGCAUGUAUGACGUCGGGCUGCCGAGCGGGAAGACUCUUUACCAAGUCCAGGCCGAACGAAUUCGCAAAGUCAAGCAGCUGGCCGAGAAGAGGCUGGGCGGAAAGUGCACGCUCCCUUGGUACAUCAUGACCAGCGAGUUCACGCUGGAACCCACAAGGAAUUUCUUUGCUCAGCACCAGUACUUCAGCCUGCCUCAGUCCGACGUAGUCAUGUUUGAGCAGAGGAUGCUGCCGGCUGUUGGAUUUGACGGGAAGAUCAUCUUGGAAGGGAAGGGUCGGAUUGCCAUGGCUCCAGAUGGAAACGGUGGCCUGUACCGGGCUCUGACGGACUACAAGAUCCUGGAGGACAUGGACCAGCGAGGGGUUCGAUUCGUCCACGUGUACUGUGUGGACAACAUCUUGGUGAAGAUGGCAGACCCAACCUUCAUCGGUUUCUGCGUCGAGCGGGACGCAGACUGCGGGGCAAAGGUGGUUGGUAAGGCGUACCCCACUGAGCCCGUGGGGGUGGUGUGUCGAGUGAAUGGCACCUACCAGGUUGUGGAGUACAGCGAGGUGAGCCGGGAGACGGUGGAGAGGAGGAACGCUGACGGCCAACUCACCUUCAAUGCUGGCAACAUCUGCAACCACUUCUUCACUGUGGAGUUCCUCAAGUCCGUGACGGAAGAGUACGAACCAAAACUGAAGCUUCAUGUGGCUAGGAAGAAGAUUCCCUAUGUUGAUGAGGAGGGCAACUACGUGAAACCAGAGAAGCCCAAUGGCAUUAAGAUGGAGAAGUUUGUCUUUGAUGUUUUCCAGUUUUCCAAGAAUUUUGCUGUGUUUGAGGUGCUGAGGGAGGAUGAGUUCUCCCCUCUGAAGAACGCGGAGAGCACUGGUGGCAAAGACAUGCCCUCUACUGCCCGGCGUGCUCUGCUGUGGCAGCACUAUCGCUGGGCCGUGCAAGCUGGCGCUCACUUCCUCGACGACAAGAACAACCGUGUGCCUGUUCUCAGCCAGCUGCAGGAAACAGAGGAUCCCCCCGUCGUGUGUGAGAUCUCACCACUUAUCUCUUAUGAAGGGGAGGGCCUGGAAGAACGCAUGAAGGAUCGGGAGUUCCAAUCCCCGCUGCUUCUAAUGGACUGACAUUUGGGAGGACCCAUUCAGCCAGCAGACAGACCUCACACACAGGGCUUGAGCUUGUGCCUUCAUUUUGACACUGCUGACUUUUAAAAAAUAAUCUAUUUUCUGUUUUUACUGACUUUGAAAGCCUGGCUGGCAGGUUUAUCUAUUCCAUGAGGCUGAAUCUUCCCUGGAACUGCACAACACCAAGGUCCUCAGAUAGAGGUGACCUCUGCUGCCUCGCCAUCUUCCAACCUGGAUUGUGUGCAGUCUGUGCUCAGCAACUGCACCCUGCUGGGUUCUGGGGUCAUUGGCUCUCAUUAAAUCCCAGCACGUGCAUACAGGGGGUCGCUUCUGCUCCACACUUAGUAAACACCAGCAAAUUAGGUUGAAGGGUCACUUACCCUUGCAGUACUCUAGCAGCAUGGGUUCAGGGGUUGCCUCUAGCUUUCCUUGGUAGCCCCAACCAGCCAGCGGGACUCGGAUGUCCCUCAAAUCCCAGAAUAAUCUUAUCUCAUGGGGAAAAGUUAGGAUAAUGCAAGGUACUCCCCACUAUUAAGUUAUGCAUAAAAAGUAAAAUAUUUCAUAUCCAUGGGGGUGUGGGGGGGGGGAGCGAAACACAGUGCUAGUUUAUCAAAUAUCAUGAUUAAUCAAGAGUUAAAUGUGUUCUCACGUGAUCAAUACCAAAGGGUUAUGUAAGGGAACUGAAAUUCAGUUGCCGACACAGUUUUGGUGAUUUGACAAUCAAUAUUAGCUAGCAGGCAAGAAAAUGGACAGAAGUGAUGUCCAGCUCCAGGGAUGCUUGGGCACUCUCUCCUCAGUGCCAUAGUGUCAGCCUGGAUGCCCCCUCUAAAAUGCCAGUUAUCAGGGAGCUUUGGUUAGAGAAGUUCUGGAUAACUGAACUUUUACCAUAUCGAGACAAGGCCCCAGGCACCGAAUGUACUCCCGGACACAGUUUGGUGCCACACCCAAUGAUCCAACUUCUCUUUAAAUAUUGUUUUCAAGUCCUGCUCCUGUUCUUCCAGCUGUCUCCCUAGUUAUUCUGAUAAUCAGAAUGCUUUCUCUUCUGCAACCUACUUGUGAGUGAUCGUGGAUGGGAUGACCCAGCCUUUUGUUGUGCGAGUUCAACGUCAGCAGUGUGAUUGAUGAGCUUUAAAUCAGAUAUCUUCAUUACUAACAAUAAAGUGCUUUUCUGGCCCUGUCA